UGGCAGAACUGCACUACUGGUGAAUAUGUUCUCCUAAAUCGAAUAUAAGUGAAGUGGUGUCGCGAGUGUUCGACAUUCAAAUAAUUUUAAAUUUCGAUCAUUUAUUAUAACGGAACGUGAAAGGGCUUCAAAUAAAAGAAUGUCGGGUGACGUACAACCAAGAAAACGAAAGGAUAGGAGACGCAAAAAAGAAGAAGAAGAGUCUGGUACACCUCCACCAACGUUGACAAGUCCAACCGAAAGUGUAGCAGAUAAUGUUUCUUUACACAUUUACAAGGAAAAUAGUACGGGUGGUCAUUGGUGUGCACGGAUUAUAUUUUUCAUAUUAUUGGCUGUACUCGUCGCUUUAACUGGCAUAAUUAUUUUUGAGCAUAGGGGAGCUACGGAUGUGGAUACGCCAAUAACAGAAUCACGAUGGGCUAAUAUAUUUGAUGGAUGGGUAGAUGAUACUCUUCCAAGUCAUGGAGAUGAAUCUUAUGAUGAAAAAGAAGUAAAAGGUAGUCACGAAGAAGAAGAAGAAGAAGAGGAAGAAGGGAAGGAAGGAGAAGAAGAGGAAGAGGAAGAAGAGGAAGAGGAGGAGGAGGAGGAAGAAGAAGAAGAAGAAGAAGAAGAAACGGAAGAAGAGGAAGAAGAAGAAGAAACGGAAGGAGAGGGAGAAGAAGAAGAAGAAGAAGAAACAGCUGAUGUAACGACAAAAUCAGCUGAAGACAAAAUAGAAGAAAAAGAAGAAGAAGAAAAAGGAGGAGCGGAAGAAGAAGAAGAAAAUGAAGGGGAGGAAGGAGUAGAAAAUGAAGAUGAAAACGAAGAUAAAGACGAAGGUUUAGGUAGCGAAGAAGAGUAUGAAGAAAUAGAUGAACAUGACAGUAAAGAAGAUGAGGAACGAGAAGAAGAAGAAGAAGAAGAUGAUGAUGAUGAUGAUGAUGAUGAUGAUGAUGAUGAUGGUGGUGUUAAAGGAACGACGACUUCAAAGGAAGAAGCAGAUGAAGAUGAGGGUAUAGAUCCUGGAGAAUCUGAUAUAGAAGAUGACGACGAUUUAAAUCGGCAAAACUUAAAUGACAUCGAUGUGUUAGAAGAAGUGGACAAUAAAAGUGAUGAAGACGAUGAUGAGGUUGAGAGAAAUAUUUUAAAAAAGGGUGACGCGAAUGAUUAUUACGUUGCUGAUGCUUCUGAGGAACAAGAGGACGAGGUGUUCGAAGAAUUUGUAAAGAUACCAGGUGUCUUAGAAAUGGAUGAUUACAGUGCUGAGCCUUUGGAAGAGGUAGAGGAUGGAGAACCUGAAGAAGAUGUGAAUGAUAUAGACAUUGAGCCAGAUGUGGAAGAAAUAGAAGAAGAAUCAACGAGUGUGGCAGUGAAGUUCGGAGUUGGUGUUGCACUUAUCGUUGCUGCACAUUUUGUUCUCGUUAGGCGAUGGAACAACGCUGAUACCGAGCUAAAUCAACUUUCGCAUAACGACGAAGUGAUUAAUCUAAAUAGGCGAAAUACAAUAAUAUCUCCAGCAUCAGUGAAGGAAGCACAAAAAUUGCAAACUGAGGAUGAAAAUCGAACGCUAACUACAAAGAAAAAACAGACUUACGAAACUUUACGAUCACAAUAUGAAAAAUUAGAAACUGAAAAUAAUAUACCCCAAAAUGUUCUUAUAGAAAAAACUUUGAGCCCGUCAGAAGAAGCUUGGUCGACGCGUAAAACGCAAGGGGUUGAAAAGAUUCAUGAAAAGCAAUCGAAAAUAAUGUCAUCUGAAGAAGAAACGGAAGAUGUGGAAGAUGAAUUGGAGACAUCAGAUGGAGAACGUAUUUCCGGAACGGAAGAAUACGAUGAAGAUGAAGAUGAAGGAGAAGAUGAGGUAGAAGACGAAGAGGAUGCUGAGGAAGAAAUAGAAGACGUUGAUGAUUCAGAAUUAGUUGCUAGAUUAGAGGCUAGAUAUGGUAAAUUAGCAACUCCGCAAGAUAGCGAGCUCGAGGAUGAAUUAGAAUAUGAAGAGGAGGAAGAAGAAGUUGAAGAUGAAGAAGAAGAAGAAGAAGAGGAAGAAGAAAUAGAAGACGAGGAUGUAGCAGGAUGGAAACGUAUAAAAGCACCUAAAGAGACAACAGGAUCAUCUAAACCUGUUCCUUCAGCUACCGAUAAAUCUGGAAUUAGUUCUAAACAAGGAGUUUCUACAACAAAGGGUGGUAAAGGAAUAAAUGAUUUUCGAAAUAUAUCAACCAUGGACGAUUUAGUAAUAUACGAAGAAAAAGAAAUACCUUUGGAAAUUGAUGACUAAGUUUCACCCUCUAAUCCUUAGCAUUAUCCACUAUUUCCAUCAAUCAUUUCAUGUGUUUUAAUUUUGUCAACAUAAUAUACAACUUGGAUGUUUUUUCAUAUAUUUGUUUGUAAAUAUUUCUGUGUAAGCUCAUAUUAAUUGAUUUGCAAUUAUAUUAAUGCGUAAAAGCAGCAGCUUUGGGCUUAAUAUUAGCCAAUAAUUGUUGACAUUUUUUCAUCUUCUAAACGUGUUACUUGGAACACUAAUAUCACAAAGAAAAGAAAAAAGGAACUAUAGACACAAUAAUUAAUAUUUUAUUAUUCAAAAAUAUACGUGAAAAUCUAUAUGAUUAUAUGAUUUCUUAUAUUUAUACGACAAUAUUAUAAAAAUCUUUCAUAGUGAUCUAUCCUAAUCACCCAUUCCAAUUUUCUUCCUAAUAUUAGAAGGUGAGAGAAGAAUAAUUACCAAAAAGAAACGAUAAUACAAUGAUCUAACAGCAAGAUGAAAGCAGUAGGGAUAUAAUGAAAGUAAAAUGUGUAUUUUCACGAGGAUCUUAAGAAGAAAUUUUAAUUGUGACAUUAUUAGGCAAAAAUUAACGGAUUAAAGCGUAAAGUAAUUCAAUACUUAUGCUUAUGUCUGUGUUUACGCGGAGAAGGCGAAGGUGGACUAUUAGCCCUAUGUUUAGAGGAAGUACGAGGUGGUGGUGGAGGUGACAAAGAUGGAGAUCUACCACGU